UAAUGGAACACCUUCUUCGUCCUGUUAUUCAUGUACAAAUUUCCUUAAAUUUUCAGUAUUACAAUAAUAAUAAUACUAAUCCAAACUAUUUGUAUAAACAUAAUACUUUCUUCUCUAAUCGUUAUGGUUUUUUACACCAAAAAAAACCCAUUUCUUUAAAUUUUCCUCCAAAUUCCCUAAAUGGGUUUCAAUUUUGGGGAAACAAUAGGAAAAGCCGGGUCGGGCCAACGAAAAAACCCGAAUUUUCAGCUGCAGAUAGCAAGAAAUGUUCCGGGUCAGAACCGGGUCGAGGGUUUGAAUUUUGGGGGGAAAACAGUUCGAGGAAGAGAAUUGUAGUCCGGGCGAACGGGUCGGGUUGCGAGCAAGAUUCGGAUUCGACGGAAAAAACCGAAACUUCAGGUACGGACAGCAAGAAAAAUCCGGGUCAAGAACCGGGUCGGGUCAAGAAUUCGGGUCGGAAGGAGAAGCAAGGGAAAGAUAAUUGGUGGUGGUGGUGGUCGAAAGGGAAGAAAUUGCGGUGGGAACCGAUAGUACAAGCGCAAGAAAUUGGUGUUUUGUUACUACAGUUAGGGAUUGUGAUGUUUGUUAUGAGAUUGCUCCGACCCGGUUUACCGUUACCCGGGUCGGAUCCUAGAGCCCCGACGAUGUUUGUAAGCGUUCCGUAUAGUGAGUUUUUGAGUAAGAUAAGUAGUAACAAGGUUGAGAAAGUUGAGGUUGAUGGUGUACAUAUUAUGUUCAAAUUGAAGAAUAGUGAAGUGAGUAGUAUUAGUAGUAGUAGUAGUAGUGUUAUGGAGAAUAAUAAUGAGGUUGUGAAUGGAAAUGGAAAUAGUAUUAAGUUGCAGGAUUCUGAGGUGGUGUUGUUAAGGAGUGUAAGUCCUACAAAGAAAAUUGUGUAUACUACGACGAGGCCGAGUGAUAUAAAGACCCCUUAUGAGAAAAUGCUUGAGAAUGAUGUUGAGUUUGGUUCUCCGGAUAAACGGUCUGGUGGGUUCUUGAAUUCUGCACUGAUAGCAUUAUUUUAUGUUGCUGUGCUAGCGGGGCUUCUUCAUCGUUUCCCAGUGAACUUUUCUCAGAGCACAGCUGGUCAGCUCAGAAAUCGCAAGUCAGGGGGUUCAGGUGGUGCAAAAGUGUCUGAACUAGGGGAAACGAUCACAUUUGAUGAUGUUGCAGGCGUUGACGAGGCUAAGGAGGAGCUAGAAGAAAUUGUGGAAUUUCUUAGAAAUCCAGAUAAGUAUGUUCGUCUUGGCGCACGUCCUCCUCGUGGUGUUCUACUGGUAGGUCUCCCGGGGACAGGAAAGACACUUCUAGCAAAGGCUGUUGCUGGGGAAGCCGAGGUUCCUUUUAUCAGUUGUUCUGCAAGUGAGUUUGUAGAAUUGUAUGUUGGAAUGGGAGCAUCACGCGUCCGUGACCUGUUUGCACGGGCAAAGAAGGAGGCACCUUCUAUAAUUUUUAUCGAUGAGAUAGAUGCUGUGGCAAAAAGCCGUGAUGGUAAAUUCCGCAUCGUAAGCAAUGAUGAAAGAGAGCAAACAUUGAACCAACUACUCACUGAGAUGGAUGGAUUUGACAGUAAUUCUGCUGUUAUUGUUCUUGGAGCGACAAAUCGCUCUGAUGUCUUAGACCCUGCUCUUCGCCGACCUGGGAGAUUUGACCGUGUAGUGAUGGUGGAAGCACCUGAUAAGACUGGAAGAGAAGCUAUCUUAAAGGUACAUGUCUCCAAGAAAGAACUUCCCUUGGCACAAGAUGUUAAUCUUGGUAACAUCGCUUCUAUGACUACUGGUUUCACUGGGGCAGAUCUUGCAAAUCUGGUGAAUGAAGCUGCUUUGUUGGCGGGAAGGCUGAAUAAAGUUGUAGUUGAAAAAGAUGACUUCAUUCAAGCUGUUGAGCGUUCAAUUGCGGGCAUUGAGAAGAAGACCGCCAAACUGCAGGGCAGUGAAAAGGGCGUAGUUGCACGGCAUGAAGCAGGGCACGCGGUAGUUGGGACUGCUGUUGCAAAUCUUCUGGGAGGGCAGCAGCCACGGGUUGAGAAGCUAAGCAUAUUGCCAAGAUCUGGAGGGGCUUUAGGAUUUACUUAUAUUCCUCCAACUGCUGAGGACAGAUAUCUGCUCUUUGUUGAUGAAUUGCGUGGAAGAUUGGUCACUCUUCUUGGUGGACGUGCAGCAGAAGAAGUAUUGUACUCUGGACGUGUCUCCACUGGUGCUUUUGAUGAUAUACGCAGAGCAACAGACAUGGCCUACAAGGCAGUGGCUGAAUAUGGUCUUAGUGAUACCAUUGGCCCCAUUUCAGUGGCUACACUUUCUAGUGGUGGGAUGGAUGAUGGUGGAUCCAUGCCCUGGGGAAAUGAUCAGGGGCAUCUUGUUGAUCUUGUUCAAAGAGAGGUCAAGGCUUUACUGCAGUCUGCACUUGAUAUUGCACUCUGUGUUGUACGUGCUAAUCUGAAGGUUCUUGAGGGGUUGGGAGCUCAAUUGGAAGAGCAAGAGAAAGUAGAAGGUGAAGUACUACAAGAAUGGUUGAGCCUGGUCGUUGCACCAGCGGAGCUUAAUUUUUUUGUUAAAGGCAAACAAGGGUCUUUACUUCCACUGCAAGCUGGCUCUUAACAAAGUCAUUAGUACCAAAAGGAAAUUCGAGUAAAUACUUCCACGUCAUCAUCUUUGCUCUCAAGGAAAACAAAGCUAUAUUCGUUGAACCAGAUGGGCAUUUGUAUGCUGGCAUCGCGCCAGUGUGAUUUUGUAUGUGUUAGUAAGGUAAUUGACAGCCACCUAACUCCGACAAACACCACUGUUAUAUACCACAAUCACAGGUUGGUAACUCGAAGAGAAGGCACAAGUGAAAGCAAAAUAGGGUUGUGAUCAGAGUGAUGUCUGUUGGUAUUUUUCUUCUACAUCACUUGUACACGUACCAAGUAUUCUUAGUAAAAUUACAAGGAUCAAUACCUUUAUAAUGUAUCAUACAUCUGUAAUGCAGCUUACAAAGAAGUAAUCCAUGUCUAAUGUUGUGGGAGGUGAAACUGUGUAUACAAUGUAAUCUUUCUUCUGUUUAUGGACAAAGUAUCAGUAGGUUGGCAUAAUCUUUGACUUGUGUACAGUGUUGAUAAUAUUUUAUCUUACUAAUAAGAUUUCUUAGCGACC